CUCUUCUUUUUUUUUCCUUUCUUUCUUUUUCGUUUGAUUGAAUGAUGGAUGUCGAUUUGCACAUCGUUCUGCCAGGGGAUCUGAUUUCAGUUGAUACUGAAUCUAAAGUUGUGCUAGGACCUGGAUUAAGACAAGAAGGAGAAGACGUGGUUGCGACAAAGGCUGGCAUUUUGCGACACAUAGAAUCAGGCAAUCGAUGGUGGAUUGAAAGCAACCAAAAGAGAUACAUUGCAUCAACAGGUGAAUCUGUCAUUGGUACAGUGACAGCCAAAUUGGGAGAGUACUUUCGUGUUGAUAUUGGUACAGCCCAUGCUGCCGUGCUGCCCAUGUUGGCGUUUGAAAAUGCAACCAAACGUUACAAACCUAAUAUACAAGUUCGCUCCUUAGUUUACUGCAGAGUAUCCAUGGCUAACCGUGAUAUGGAAUCAGAACUUGAAUGUGUUAACCCUACAACUGGAAAAGCAGACGGCUUUGGUGAAUUAGUAGGAGGAUAUGUAUUCAAUUGUUCCUUGGGAUUGUGUAGAAGACUACUGAAUCCAAACACACCCAUGCUGACCUUACUGGGAGAACAUUUUCCUUUUGAAAUAGCAGUUGGAAUGAAUGGUCGUGUCUGGAUCAACUCUGAGGAACCCAAGGUGACUAUCUUGAUUGCAAACGCUAUCCAACAUUCAGAAUACCUAAGUGAAGAAGAGUGUCGACAGAUGGUGAAGGACCUCAUAAGCAAACUAUAAAUUCUUGUAAAUAAAUAAUAAAUCACAGCAAUUCAAAGGGUAGGCAAAGAAAAGCCUAAAUACCCCUUUUAUUGGUUCACUAACAAACCUUUUCUUUUCCUCUUUUUAUUUAUUAUACAAGCAUGAAUUCACAACACGCUAAAGAUUAUCUUGUGAUGAUUGUUAUCAAUGCUAAACUUGAGUAGAGCAUGAAUCAGUAUCGUUCAGUAUGUGAUUGUAAUAAAGACCUAUUGACAUCAACUAUCGACCCUGUUGGCAUAAAAUUGCUCUAAUUGAAAAGGAACUGCUUUGCUACAU